AUGUCACCGCAGCCUCCUUACCAGCUGUUUGAGGAGGCCAUUGACACUCUGAACCUCAUGUUCCCCUUUCAGAAUGAGCCAACAAAGAAAAUACUGGAGAAACACGACAUUGCGUUCUAUGGGCUUGGACUCUGCGGUCGCCCCCGGAAACUACUCCUCAAUGACUAUCACUACUGGAGAGGUCGAAUUGCCGACAUCCAUCAGAUCUUUCAGGGUCCGCCGAUAGGCAUACAACAAUUGCUUCUGGAUGAUGAAGGCAAGAACUUCAUGUCCACCUUCACAUUCUGGGUUGCAUUUGCAGCGGGUGUUGUCGCUUUGCUAGGCAUGGGACUGGCCAUCGCGUCUCUGGUGUACAGCAUCAAGCAAUACGAGCUUGGGUUGAAGCAGUAUGAGGUGUCCAUAGUUCAAGCGUGUGGGGAUUCUAAUGCCAUCGAGAACCGGAACAAGAAGAUGGAGGCGCGUCAGCAGCUAGAGGGAGCACACCAAGUUCCCCAACGAUCCAACCUGCCUGAUCUGGAAAAGCAGGAAUCCGCCGUCCGCCAGGAACGCCAUCCUAGGGCGCAGCCUGUCAAGGUUGUUUUCGAUGACGGACAUGAGGAGUAUAUUUCGACAGAUGCCAAAGAGCAAGAAUAUGAGACGGAAGCUCAGCCGCAGCGAGGUGAACAUUUACCGAGGUAUUCUGAGGUCAUGAAGGCCUAG